AUGCACGAAAUUUCGUGAGUUUUAAUCCAAGAACCUCUUGAUUUUUAAACAGUUAUAAGUUGAUUCUGCCAUGAAUUGUUACAAAAAGUUGUUAUAAGUCAAAAUUAUAUGUAUUAAGAGGUUCAAAAAGUUCAUAUAAUAAAUCGAAAUGAAACCUUAAUUUAAAAUUAAUUUUUCAAAUGCAUGCAGAGAGACUCGAGACAUUACAUUUUUUUAACGACAUUUUGAGAUUAUUUAGGCUAUGUCUCUCACUAUGCAUGCACAUACAAGGGAAUUUUAUAUUUUAUUAACCAAAUAAUAUAAUUAAAUAGAGAAUGGUCCGAAACAAAAUUAAUCAAUGGAGGACAAAAACCCAAAUGAGAUCUUGUCAAAUAUUUGAAAUUCAAAAAAUGCAGUGGUCCAAAACCAAUUUUACCAUGCAAAGUACCUAAUCUUGCUACCACAUAAUUUUAUUAUUAGUGUUUUAUAUUUAAAAAAAAUGUGACACAUUAAUUUCAUUGCAUUUUCAUUUCAAUGGUGAGAAAUGGCACACGUACAUUGUACAUGUAAAUGUAGAGAAAUGAUCUUUUAUUGUGGAGGACAAGAAGUGAGCAGAUCUUAAAAGGGGUAGAAAACUUAACCAUGGUUGUAACAACGGAUAUAUUUUUGAAGGAGGAUCUUCUAAAACUCCUGAAAAACAGGUUCAUAGUUGUCAUAGGAGAUUCCAACCAGAGAGCUAUAUACAAAGAUUUGGUUCUUCUGUUGCAAAAAAAUGAUUACAUCUCAGACCGGCAACUGAGAACCAAGGGUGAGUUUUGCUUUGAGAAUGACACGCUGAUAGAAGGGGGGAGAAGGACUUGCCUGAACAACGGUAAAGGAUACAAGGAGGUUCGUCAGUACCAGACCGACUGCCAUCUCCUGCGGUUCUACUUUGUGACCCGCUGUUACAGUACCUACAUGGAGUCCAUCUUAUCUGAUCUGUCCAAGGACCCCCAGCCUGAUGUAGUCAUCAUGAACUCUUGUCUGUGGGACAUUAGCAGGUAUGGUCCAUCUGGAGUGGAUGAAUACAAGGAGAACUUGAAUACCCUGUUUGACAGGUUUAAGCAGUGUCUACCAGAGGAUACACUGGUGAUUUGGAACACAACCUUGCCAAUUGCUAAGGAUGUCAGGGGAGGCUUUCUUGUCCCAGAAGUGGAUUUCAUGAAGAACACCCUUCGAUUGGACAUCUUAGAAGCGAACUUCUUUGCCAAGCAGAUUGUAGCUGCUCAUGGGUUCGACAUCCUAGACCUUCACUAUCACCUUAGAAACCGCCUGGACACAAGAGCCAAGGACGGCAUACAUUGGGAUCAGAGGGCUCAUCGCCACAUUACCAACCUGUUACUGACACACAUUAGUGAUGCAUGGAGUGAGAACAUGCCAGGGAGGAACAAGCCUAAGUGUGAUCUUAAUGGGAACAGUCAGCCUGCUGCUGUUGUUUCGCCUCAGUCCCCAGAGUCUAACAAGGAAAACAAAGAUGACCAAAGGAAUGUGAAUUUCAAGACACCUGUUAAUUACAAUAAAUUAGAAAAUGCUGCAAAAUCAAGGACAACUAUCAGCAGUCGUAGGCUUUCAAGCAGUAGUAAUAAUGCAAACAGGACCAGACGGUCCCUGGAUCCAACCAAACCAGUCACCAUGGGAGAAAAGGAGCAGCCUUUUAUAUUCACUGUUACAAAUGCCAACACUCCAAACUCUAGAAAGAGGUCUUUUGACAGACUCCAGGCAGAUUUAAUUAAGGUACAGAGAGACAUCUUGGGCAUGGUCAGUACCCCACCCUCCUCGAAAGGGCAGUACAAUACCUCAGCAUCCAGAGAUUAUACUGCCCCAUCAACCAGAGAAUAUGCUGUGCCAGCUCCUAAAGCCUUCACAGAUGCUUUCCAAUCCUGGCAGUCAAACCAAAGCUACACAGACAAUUACCAGAGCCAUCACAACAACAACUACAUGAACAGUCUGUCCCAUGACCUUUACCAGACCCAGUAUCAGUCCCAACCCACUUACAGCCUGCCCUACAACCAGAACAUGAACAACUUCCAAAACCAGAACAUGAACAACUUCCACAACCAGAACAUGAACAACUUCCAAAACCAGAACAUGAACAACUUCCACAACAGUUACAUGAACAACUUGAACAACUACCAGACCAGUAGCUUCCAGUGGCAGCCCUAUGCUCAGGACAACUACCAAGGGCCCAACAAGGUGUGGAGUUCGCGGUCCCACUACAAGCAGAACCACAGCUACUACAGAAUGUCUCACAACUUCUGAAGCCCAGAACUGUCUUUCAUUCCCGUAUUUUUGAAACCUGAACAUUCCUGGUUUGGUCUACCAACUAUCUUGCAGUGACUUAUGUUGUCAAGAUUGAACCUUUCACUUAGUUCUUGCUACUUAUUGGUAUUACAGAUAUGAAAUUAAUGCUCCUCGUAUAAAACAUUUACUCUUUCUUCUACUGUGUAAUGCACACAUUUUUUUUUUUGGCGAACGUUUAUGCAACCUGAAUCAUUUUCUGUGUAAACGUGUAUUUGUAUGUAUAUAUAUAGUGAAUAAUUACAUUGUCUCCAAUUACAUUACUUGUGCACAAAUCAUGAUUGAAAAUUAUCCUGACCGGUAAAAUUUACCUCAAGUUGUCUACCUUAUUAAAAAACAUACCAGUAUCACAUAACCAUAGGGUUUUUUGAGGCACAUAUUCCAAUAACGUUUUAAAUAUGUCCAACAAUUAUCAAACUGCAAUGUUUAAAAUGAAAAAGUAUUUAAUUUAUUAUAGAUAAGAAGUAACAAUUGCUGGUUAAAUUUUUUUUGAAAGAGGGAACUGUAAACUAUGUUUGAGUUUAUCUGAUGUAUGUUUGUAUAAUACAUAAACAGCUAGCUGUUGUGGUAGCAAUAGUUUCUGCUGUGAAUGUGCGUUAUGUGCGAGAUGUAAAAAUGAUAUGCGAGAUAGGUAAUUUGAAGCUUAAUUUCUUCUAAGGUAAGGAAAUUCUUCCUUUUGGUGUAUGUAUAAAGGGAGUGAAUUUUGGUAUAAUAUACAGAAUGGUCAAGAAAACUAGUGCUUGAAACAGCUUUUAACCUGAUUUUAAACAAAACCUGAUUUUAAUCUGAAUGCCAAAUUAGUGCUUGGUACCUUUAUGUUUUUAU